GCCGGGCGCUGAUUGGCGGAGCCCUUCCCCUCGGCGGCGCUGAUUGGACGCCACGCACGGCUCCCUCGGCUGGGGAUUCCCAGGGACCUGCGGGAGAUAUACCACACCGCCCUGGGUCCAGCGCGGGCAGAAGGUGCCAGACCCGGACGGAGAAAGAAAGAGGAGCCUAGAGAGACCUCAGAGGAGCAGGGAGAUCAGGGCCAGGCACAGGCAUCAGCCCGGUUCUGCUCUGCAGCCAGGAGGAAAGCAAGCCCGUGCAGCCCAUCCGCGACAGAAGCGAAGAAGAGUCAAAAUGCCACAAACAAGAAUGCGCAUGAGACCUUGGCUAGAGAAACAAAUAAAUUCCAAUGCAUUUGCGGGACUUCUGUGGCUUAAUAAGGAGGAGAAGCUGUUCCAGAUCCCAUGGAAACAUGCUGCUAAGCAUGGUUGGGACUUAGAGAAAGAUGCUUCCCUUUUCAAAAGUUGGGCCAUCCAUACUGGGAGAUACAAAGAAGGUGAUGUUCAGCCAGAUCCUAAAACAUGGAAGGCGAAUUUCCGCUGUGCCAUGAAUUCAUUGCCUGAUAUUGAAGAGGUGAAGGACAAAAGCAUUAGCAAAGGUUCCAGUGCUGUUCGCGUUUACAGGAUGCUGGAAACCUCGGCUAAAACACAGAAAAAAGAAAAAAAGUCAAAGUCCAUAAGAGCCAAGAGUGUGAAAAAGUCAGUGGAAGAAGAUAUCAAAGAAGAAGAGACAGUUGAAGCAACAAACAGUAUCCAGCUACCAGAUGAUCACAGUGGAUAUGCUCUUUCCAGUUACUCCUCACCGGAAAUGGAAGUGGGAAGCACAUUAGAUCUUGCUACAUGUGACUUAACUAAUACUGACUGGAGGCCUCACUCAAUGGAAAUGCAGUUACCUGACAGCACAAAUGACAUCUACCCACUUCAAGUGUCACCUAUUCCAUCCUCCUCUGAUGUAACUGAUGAAGAUGAUGACCGCUUUCCUCAAGAUUUUUACCCGCAGCUCUUUAACAACUCCAACUGGCACCAGACUUGUGUUGGCGAGAAGGGAUUCCUACUUAAUGAAACUGGCAUGCAAAGUUUUUCCUUUGAUCUUACUUUUCAAGACCCAGAAGCUGCCAUAGAUGCAACAAAUACAGAAUUACUUCAAAUUGAUGCCAGAGCUGCUGUGGAGUUUUCCUUGAUGGAUUCACUACGAUUUACCGCCGUACCUUGUUAGGAUGUGAACUUCAUUUCACCCAUUAUUAUAUUAUUUCCAAUACCACCUGUUAAACUGGCAUAUUUGUGAAUUUCCAACACUUUCCCCAAUGUUAAAACUGAACUGUCAACAAGUGUGGUUGUGAGGAGAGGGCUAUUUUUAUGGUCACACUGUGUCCAUUUCUGUCCUUUGACAUCCAAUAGCUUGUUAUAUGCUAGUCUGUCUUAAAUUUUGACAGUCAGAAUACCUGAAAAGUUUCUUCAUACCUGUAACCAGUCAGUACAUAUUUUAGUCACACCUAUGGUUUAUGCUUGCCAUUGCUACAUAAGAAGACAGGCAAUACACUUUUAAAAGUUUAACAUAAUUUAUGUCAUAGCAAGAUUUUGUGUUCAACAAAAUAGUUUAACAGGGAGCUUUGCUCUCCAGAUGUGUAAAUAUGUCUAGUUUGUUGAAUUGUGAAAAAUCAGAUAAAGAGUUUGCUCCAUAUAUUAGAUAUUCAGAUAUUCCUGAUUAUCCGACUUCCUGGCUUCAUUAUGACAUUUUUCAGAUGACUAUCUUAUUAGUCCUUUCAGGUGAACAAUAUAUCUGACAUUCCUUCAGUACUAAAUGAUAAAAUCCCAUGGUUAAUUUACAUUUUGUCAUUAGCGAGAGAAAUCUGAGUGGACUUUUGAGUCUUUAGAAUACGCAUUAAAAUGCACUUUGUGGAAUUCCAUAUGCAGGAAAGUGUUUUGACAAAGCAUCAGAUUGGUCAGUUGAACCUCGAGUUUCUUUUCCCCUUGUACAUAUUUCAAGUGUAUAUAAAAAGUUUACUGUUGUAAUAAAGUAUUUUAUAUGUUUUAAA